GACUAAUCUUUAUAAAACCCCACCAACCACAACUGAGUUUAGAAAUUAGAACCUGAUGCCACCAAUCAUCUCCUCCAGUAAAUUAUUGUAGUCUGUAGAUGUACUGUAUGUUGGUCCCAGUCUCAUGAGUCUCAAAUUAUCAAUUAAUCCUAAUUCUGUUUCUUAAAUCCCAAAAGCAAAGGAAAAAAGAUACAGAGCUCAAAGAUGAGUGUUGAUUACUGGAUGAAAUGGCAAGUCCCUGUUUGUGGAUUGAUUAUUGUAAUCCCAGCUGCAGUUGCGAUCAAUCUGAUCAAGAAAAGAAUCAGAAAUGGAGAAGAUGAAACCCAGAAUUUGAAGCAGUCUAAAUUAAUAUUAUGGGUUCCUUGCUGGAGAAAUCUCAACCCCAAAUGGCUUCUUCUCUACAGAGCUUCAGCCUUUAUUACAAUGGCGUACCUUCUCUACCAGAUGAUUCUUUUUUCUGGCCUUUUUGCUUUCUAUUUCUAUACCCAGUGGACAUUUGCAUUGGUUAUGGUCUAUUUUGCGAUUGGGAUCAUCAUUUCUGCCCAAGGAUGCUUUAUGACAUCUACAGAGAAAGGACCAGCAAGAAGUGCGGAGAAAGACAAAUUUCUGAAAAAUGGUUCAGAUAGCAGCAAAUCUGCUGCUGCUUUGGGUUCAAAGAAGGGAGAAGGCAGCAGUAGCUUGCAAAAUCAUGACAGUAAUGAUGAAGCUCAAGGAGUCGGAUUCUUAGGGUCUCUUAUGCUAAUUGUUUACCAGAUUUCUGCAGGAGCUUCAGUGCUUACAGACUUAGUUUUUUGGUGUAUAUUGGUGCCAAUGAUGGCAGGAAAACAAUUUGAGCUUACCUUGCUGAUAGGAUUUAUUCACUCACUGAAUGCAGUCUUCCUGGUCAUUGAUUCGCUUCUUAAUGCACUUCCAUUUCACUGGUUUGGGUUUAACUAUUUUAUACUUUGGAGCGUCACAUACAUCACAUUCCAGUGGAUUCUUCAUGCCUUUGGUUUCACAUGGUGGCCUUAUCCCUUUCUAGAGCUCUCAACCCCAUGGGCACCUCUAUGGUAUCUCGGAAUGGCUUUCAUCCACGUUCCUUGUUAUGGUGUGUACAUAAUGUUGGUGAAAGCACAGAAGUCUAUUUUUUCUAAGCUGUUUCCGCAAGCAUUUGUCAGAUCACAUCAAUGGAUAUCACCCCACCAAAAAGCAGCCUGACCUCUGAGGUACUAGAGUGAAGUAGUCAUAUAGCACAGUGAAAAGUACUCCAAUUUGGACACCACCAACAUAUGCUUCAAAUAUCCCAGAACUUAUGAAGCAUAUAAAGAUUGGCAGUUCAUAUGCAAGCAUUGUGCUUACUAGCUUGUAUAUGUGUUAGUAAUCAAACUCUUAUAUACAUGCCUGGUACAUUUAUGUCGUGAUCAAACGACUACAAAACAAUGUAAGCUUUGGUGAACUCUUGAGAUGUAUGCAAGAAAUUGUAAGCAUCUUUACCCUAAAACAAAACUAAGAUUAGUCAAUUAACUACCAAAAGAAUGGGAAGAAUGUGGCAGCAUUAUCAACUA